AUGUUAAAAUUGCAGAUCUUUACAUUGUUAGUAUUAACUAUACAAUUAACGUUUGCUGCUACUAUUGAUAAUGUUUUCCAAUCUUUAAGUAUCUCAAAUAUAACUAAUAAUGAAAUAAGAACUGCCACAUUGACAUGGACUUUAGAUCCAAGUUCAGAUUCUGCUGGUGAUACCUUCACUUUAAAUAUGCCAAAUGUUUUCUUUGUUAGUACUGGUUCAACCGAUAUUACUUUAACUGCUGAUGGUCAAACAUUUGCUACAUGUGUUUCUACAGAUGGUUCAUUCCAAGUUGACUUUUCAACUUUACAAUGUACCCUUACUGAUGCUAUUUCAUCAUAUACUGAUGCUGAUAUAUCAGGUUCAGUUUCAUUUGGAUUUGUUUUUAAUUUAGGGGGUUCAACUUUCGAAGCUGAUAUCCAAAGUGCAAAUGUUUUCGUUGAAGGUGCUAAUACAGUUAAUUGGAGUGGACUAACUACCACAACUCUCAUUACUGAUGUUGCAUGGACUUUACAAUCUGAUCCUCUUGCUCUUGCAUAUUUCAUAAAUGCUCCUCCCGGUUUGGCUCAAGUUUAUUUUUUAACUGGUGUUUGUCCAGGUGGUAUUACAAGUGGUAGAGUAAUUGCUCAAAGUGUUGAUCCAAUCAUUUGUAAUCAAUUUAGUGCUGCUGCUUCGAAUCAAUUAAAUGAUUUUAGUUUCCCUCAAUCUUACAUUAAUGUUGAUGGAACAAGUACUUGUACAAGCAAUAGUGUUGAAGUGAGUUUUGGUGCUAUCCCUGAUGGUUAUCAAGUUUUCCUUCAAGGUCUUCAACCAUUUGUAUCCAAUCAAGUAACUUAUAGUUUGGGUUAUAUAAUAAAUUGCGCUGAUGGUUCAACUAUUCAAUCAGGUUCCACUGUCACUGCCGAAUUUCUUAAUGGUACUACUGAUUCCACUGGUGAUAUUGUUGACAUAGUUGUUACAACAUCUACUUGGACUGGUAGUUAUACUCAACUUACUACUUUACCUUUAUCUUCUGGACAAUCAACUGGAACUAUUAUUGUACAAGUUCCAGAAAGUACAUUACCUACAACUACUAUUACUUCUCCUUGGACUGGUUCUUACACCACCACCUUCACAUUACCAACCGGUUCAGAUGCAACCAUUGUAACUGAAGAAGUGAAUACUCCAACCACUCCAUUGUCCACUACAACUGUCACUUCUCCUUGGACUGGUUCGUACACAACAACAUUUACGUUACCAACUGGUUCAGAUGCUACCAUUGUCACAGAAGAGGUUAACACUCCUACUACUCCAAUUUCAACUACUACAGUCACUUCUCCAUGGACUGGUUCUUAUACUACUACCUUUACUUUACCAACUGGUUCAGAUGCUACCAUUGUUACCGAGGAAGUUAAUACUCCAACCACUCCAAUUUCAACUACUACUGUUACUUCUCCAUGGACCGGUUCUUAUACUACUACCUUUACUUUACCAACUGGUUCAGAUGCUACCAUUGUUACCGAGGAAGUUAAUACUCCAACCACUCCAUUGCCAACAACCACUAUAACUACCCAAUGGACUGGUUCUUACACAACUACAUUUACGUUGUCUACCGCUUCUGAUGCCACCGAAGUAACUGUUGAAGUUAAUACUCCAAUUUCAUCUUCAACUUUACCUUAUUACCCAACUACUCCACUCACGAGUUUAAUGACUACUACAACUACCUUCACCACACAAUGGACUGGAUCUUACACUAAUACCACUACUUUACCAAUAGGCUUUGAUUCAACUAUCGAAACUAUUGAAAUUGAGACUCCUGAAGCUUCUGAUCCAGAAAUCACCAUUACUACAUUUACAACUGAAUGGACUGGGUCUUAUACUUAUACCACUACUUUACCAAUCGGAUCUGAUACCACUAUUGAAACUGUUGAAAUUGAAACUCCAGUAGCUUCUGAUCCUGAAAUUACUACUACUACUUUCACAACUGAAUGGACAGGUACUUAUACCCUUACUACUACUUUACCAAUCGGAUCUGAUACCACUAUUGAAACUGUUGAAAUUGAAACUCCUGAAGACCCAGAAAUUACUACUACUACUUUCACCACUGAAUGGACUGGAUCAUACACUUAUAUUACUACUUUACCAAUCGGAUCUGAUACCACUAUUGAAACUGUUGAAAUUGAAACUCCAGAAGAUAUUACCACUACUACCUUUACAACUGAAUGGACUGGAUCAUAUACUUACACUACUACUUUACCGAUUGGGUCCGAUUCUAGCAUUGAAACUGUCGAAAUUGAAACUCCAGUAGCUUCUGAUCCAGAAAUCACCACCACUACUUUCACAACUGAAUGGACAGGUACUUAUACCCUUACUACUACUUUACCAAUCGGAUCUGAUACCACUAUUGAAACUGUUGAAAUUGAAACUCCUGAAGACACAGAAAUUACUACUACUACUUUCACCACUGAAUGGACUGGAUCAUACACUUAUACAACCACCUUACCAAUUGGUUCUGACUCUAGUAUUGAAACUGUUGAAAUUGAAACUCCUGAAGACCCAGAAAUUACUACUACUACUUUCACCACUGAAUGGACUGGAUCAUACACUUAUAUUACUACUUUACCAAUCGGAUCUGAUACCACUAUUGAAACUGUUGAAAUUGAAACUCCAGAAGAUAUUGAAACUACUACUUUUACAACUGAAUGGACUGGAUCAUAUACUUAUACAACCACCUUACCAAUUGGAUCUGACUCUAGUAUUGAAACUGUUGAGAUUGAAACACCAUUAGUUACUGAAACUGAAGUUAUUACUACUACUACAUUUACAACUGAAUGGACUGGUUCUUACACUUUAACUACUACUUUACCAAUGGGUCCAGAUGAUACUGUUGAAACAAUUGAAAUUGAAACUCCAGCCGAUAUUGAAACUGUUACUAUUACCACUGGUUGGACUGGUAGUUAUACUUACACUACUACUUUACCUAUGGGACCAGAUGCUACUAUUGAAACCAUUGAAGUUGAAACUCCUUUAGUUACUGAAACAGAAACUAUCACCACUACUACAUUUACAACUGAAUGGACUGGUUCUUACACUUUAACUACUACUUUACCAAUGGGUCCAGAUGAUACUGUUGAAACAAUUGAAGUUGAAACUCCAGCCGAUAUUGAAACUGUUACUAUUACCACUGGUUGGACUGGUAGUUAUACUUACACUACUACUUUACCUAUGGGACCAGAUGCUACUAUUGAAACCAUUGAAAUUGAAACUCCCGUUAAUGAUCCAACUUACUUACAAUCUGUUGAUCCAACAUCCAUUGAUCCACCAGCUUCUGAUCCUCCAGCCAUAAUUACUACUAUUACUGUUGAUCCAACUAUUACCUUCACAACCACUGAUUGUCCAAUUACUAGACCUAUUUCCGAAGGACCAGCAAGUACUGUUGUUGAAGUUCAAGAAUCUACAUUUACAUCCACUAGUGCUAAUAAUGUGAUUGUUACUAGUAUUAUUACUAGAACUCAGACUGUGGUAUAUUGUCCAACUGGUGAAGGUACUGCUGAUAUUACUGCUACUACUACUAAUUUAGUAACUCCAACUGAAACUAAUAUUCAACCUGAAAUUAAUAAUUCGGUUGUUCCAGAGAUUGAAACUGGUUCAACAUCAGUUGCAGCCUAUUCUCAACAACAACCAGAACAAUCAUCACCAAUCGAAAUCAGUUCACCAACUACUACAUUUAUUCCUGAAAUGAUUACUAUAACUACUAGUGGUAGUGCAAUAAUUGAAACCGAAUCGGCUCCAUCAUUGGCUUCUAGUCCUGUUGAAAGUUAUACUUCAACAUCAUCAUCCAUUACAUCAUCAUCAUCAUCAUCAUCAUCAUCAUCCAUUGAACCAACUGCCCUUGCUUAUGAAGGUAGUGGUAAUAGUUUAAGAUAUGGUAAGAGUAGAUUAUUAAUGAUAUUAUUCUUUAUCAUACUGCCAUUGCUUGCUUUUUAA